AUGUCCUCUCCUAUGUUCAAUGCCGACGGCUCCACUAACCAAUCCGAAGAUGUCAGAAUCCUAGGGUACGACCCUCUGGUCUCCCCUGCUCUGUUGCAAGUGCAGAUCCCUGCCACCCCAGAAUGUCUGGCCACUGCUCAACGUGGUAGAAGAGAGUCCAUCGAGAUCAUCUCCGGCCGCGACGACAGGGUCCUGGUUAUCGUGGGUCCUUGCUCCAUCCAUGACCUGGACGCUGCUCAGGAAUACGCUUUGAAAUUGAAAAAAUUGGAAGAAGAACUGAAAGGUGAUUUGCUGAUCGUCAUGAGAGCUUACUUGGAAAAACCAAGAACUACCGUUGGCUGGAAAGGUCUGAUCAACGACCCAGAUGUGAACAACUCCUUCAACAUCAACAAGGGUCUGCAAGCCGCCAGACAAUUGUUCGUCAACUUGACCUCCAUCGGCCUACCAAUCGGUUCUGAAAUGCUAGACACCAUCUCCCCACAAUACUUGACCGAUCUACUGUCCUUCGGUGCCAUUGGUGCUAGAACCACCGAGUCUCAAUUGCAUAGAGAAUUGGCCUCUGGUCUUUCUUUCCCAGUUGGGUUCAAGAACGGUACCGACGGUACUCUUGACGUCGCCGUUGCUGCAUGUCAAGCUGCCUCUCACCCACAUCAUUUCUUAGGUGUCACCAAACACGGUGUUGCUGCCAUCACCACCACCAAGGGUAACGAACAUUGUUUCGUUAUUCUAAGAGGUGGUAAGAAGGGUACUAACUACGAUGCCAAGUCUGUCGCUGAGGCCAAGGCUGCUUUGCCAGCCGGUUCCAACGGGAUCAUGAUUGAUUACUCUCACGGUAACUCCAACAAGGACUACAGAAACCAACCUAAGGUCAACGAUGUUGUCUGCCAACAAAUCGCCGCUGGUGAAAAAUCAAUCAUCGGUGUCAUGAUCGAAUCCAACAUCAACGAAGGCAGACAAGACGUCCCACCAGAAGGUAAAGCAGGUCUAAAAUACGGUGUCUCCAUCACUGACGCUUGUAUCUCCUGGGAAACUACUGACACUGUCCUAAGAAACCUUGCUGCUGCUGUUCAACAAAGAAGAGCUGCCAACAAGAACUAA